CAUGCCGGGAUGGCGGAAGACGAGCCCGAUGCUAGGAGCCCCAAGGCUGGCGGAAGGCCCCCCCCAGGCAGUAGCGAGGCCGGGGAGCCCACCACCCUGCUCCAGAAGCUGCGAGGGACCAUCUCCAAGGCCGUGCAGAACAAAGUAGAGGGGAUCCUGCAAGAUGUGCAGAAGUUCUCGGACAACGACAAGCUCUAUCUCUACCUGCAGCUGCCCGCAGGGCCCAGCGCCGGGGACAAGAGCUCGGAGCCCGGCGCGCUGGGCAGCGAGGAGUCCAUGCACGCCUGCAGGUGGAUCCGCAACCACCUGGAGGAGCACGCCGACACCUGCCUGCCCAAGCAGAGCGUCUACGACGCCUACCGGAAGUACUGCGAGAGCCUCGCCUGCUGCCGCCCGCUCAGCACCGCCAACUUCGGCAAGAUCAUCCGAGAGAUCUUCCCUGACAUCAAGGCCCGGAGGCUGGGCGGCCGCGGCCAGUCCAAAUACUGCUACAGCGGCAUUCGCAGGAAGACCCUGGUGUCCAUGCCCCCCCUGCCCGGGCUCGACCUGAGGGGCUCGGAGAGCCCGGAAGUGGGCCCGGAAGUGGCCCCGGCGCCCCGGGACGAGCUGGUGGAGGCGGCCUGCGCGCUGACCUGCGACUGGGCCGAGCGGGUCCUGAAGCGCUCCUUCAGCUCCAUCGUGGAGGUGGCCCGCUUCCUGCUGCAGCAGCACCUCAUCUCGGCCCGCUCCGCGCACGCCCACGUGCUCAAGGCCGUGGGGCUCGCGGAAGAGGACGAACAUGCCCCCCGGGAGCGGCCGUCCAAGUCCAGGAACGGAGUGGAGAGCCCCGAGGGCGGGUCCCACAGAAGGCCGGAGAGGCCGACGCAGUCUCCCAAGGAGCUGGAGCCCAGGGCGGGGCCCGGCCCCCCGGCGCGUGGAGAGCGGAAGAAGAGCAUGGCCGAGAGCCCGGCGCCCGCGGCCAGUAACCCGCAGGUCACCGCCCUGGUGGCCCGGCUGCCGCCGCUCCUCCCCCGGACCCCUCGCUCGCUCGCGCCCCCGAUCCGAGUCUCCCCACCCAUCCUGGCCCCCAAGCUGCCCUCAGGCGCCCUGAAAGUCGCUACGCUGCCUCUGCCCAGCAGGGCUGGGGGACCCCAGGCCCCAGUACCCAUCAUCAACAUGAUCUUGCCAACUGUCCCCGCCUUGCCCGGCCCCAGCCCGGGGCAACUUCCUCCUGGGGGGCUCACUCAGCCACAGGGCGCAGAGAACAGGGAGGUGGGCAUAGGUGCUGACCUAGGACCCCACGAUAAGGGGGUCAAGCGGACAGCUGAGGUGCUUGUGAGUGAGGCCAGCGGGCAGGACCCCCCAGUUAAAGCAGCAAAGCAGGACACAGAGGAUCCAGGAAGCGACGCCAGAAGGAAAAGGGGGCGACCUCGGAAAAAAUCAGGCGGAAGCAGGGAGAGGAACGCUGCCCCCGCCGCGGCGGCGGCUGUCGCGGACUCUGCCCAGUCCUCAGAGUGCCCGCGGGAGACAGGGGCCUCGGGAGGGUCGGAGCGGUCAGGGCCAGCGCGGGAGGCAGGGAAGGGGGUGGUGCUGGCCGCAGGCCAGGACGACGGUGCUGUGCCCAAAGGAGGAAGGGGCCCCGGUUCCCGCCACGCCAAAGAAAUGGGAGGAAAAAUGCCUCUUGUCGCCCCAAAAGUGAGUGUCAUCAAGGGCAGUCGGAGCCAAAAGGAGGCCCUUCCCGGGGGGCGGGGGGCGGCAGGCACGGCAGCGCAGGGCAGUGGAGACCCCAAGGGGCUCGCCGGCCCGACCUCCCCGCCCCCCGAGCGGAAGGACCUCAGAGCGCCACCUCCCUGAGGCGCGGGUCUCUCGCCCGGCUGCCCUGCCCCGCUCUGCACCCGCUUCGCUCGGCGCCUGCUCCCGGCUGCUGACCCCUCGCUCGCCGCUCUGGCUCUAGCCGCCUGCAGUGGCCGUCCCUGGGCCUCGCGCUGUCCCGGGGAGGGCGGGACGGGGUGAGUCUGAUGAAUGUUCGGGUUGGGCUGUUCUGGUUCCAGCGCAGGAAGCCUGGCCCUGACGGGCUGGACACGCCGGUCGGCGGGAGUCGCCAGCCCACGGGGCCGGCGCAGCGGAGGCCGAGCAGGCUCCGGGCCUGGACACCCGGCCGACGCCAGCCCGGCAGCGGGGGCUGUCUGUGGGGCAGAGCCUCCGGCUGGCAGCCUCCUGGGGCGUGUUCCCGUGUGCGUCCAGCCAGAAAGGGCCCAUUGUGCCAGGAGGUCUAGCAGAGGCCCCAGCCCGCUCCGGGUAGGCCGGCCCGGCCACGUGUCCAGCCCCUGCCAGUCACACGGUCAGGGCGGCGGCAGGUGAUCUGCUGCUUCUGCCUCACGGAUUGCACCUUAGGGGGACAGGGUGGCAUCAGCCUCCUCGCAAGUGGCGGAGGACGCGGGUGGGGGCUGGCGGGCGGCUGCCUGCCCCGUGCUGGCCGCGUGCCCCUGGCCGGCUGGGUGGAGGUCCCUACCUGGCUUCCUCUCCCCCUGGCUUCCUCUCCUCCUCAGCCUCACGUUUCCUGACGUGGCUGUCACCUCUUCUCCCUGCUCCCCUCAGAGGGGCGGGGAGGCCCCCUCCUCGCCUGGCGGGACCUCUGCUGUGACAAUCUGUUCUUGCGCCCCGCUGGGCGGGUCCCUCCGCCUCUGCCUCCUCUCAGCUCUGCCCCAGCCCCGGCACAGGCGACACUGAUCCCCGUUGGCUCACUGGACUCAUCCUGCCUCCCCAGUGUGGGAUCAGUGGCCCAGGGCUCCUGGGGUGUGGCUGUUUGGUGGAGGCGGCCCAGCAGUGGGGGCCCCCAGGGAAGGGGACCUGGACCCCGCAGCCCACGGGGGGCUGCCCUGUGUCCCGCACGGAGCAGCGCCGGGCGGGGCGGGGCUCUCCCCAGCACUGGCGUCUCCCGCGGGGAGGCGGUUUCUGAGUACAGCGCACCGUUUGGUUCCCACCAAGCCUGUCUAACGAGGACAAGUCACGAAAUGUAAUGAAGUGCGGACCGUUGACCCAGCGCCCUGCCCACCCACCAAAGCGUCGGGAACGAGCCGCUGGCGCGCUGCUCCCGGCGGCCACCGGCCAGGCUGCGGCCUCUGCCCGCCUGGAGCCUGGAGCCGCCGGCCUGUGGCCUCCCAUCCAGGAGUCGCCCCGCCAGGCCCUGCGGUCCGGUGCUCCACAGUCUCCCUCGGACUCUCCCGGGCUGCAGUGCGGCGGCUCCUUGCUGGUCCCACGUCACAUUCCACGGCCGCACUGGGCUGGCCAGCCGGUAGCCCCGCGGCCCGCUCUGGACUCCCCCGCACCCGUGCCUGCGUGUCCAGUGGGCGCCCUGCAAGGCUGUCGAGGCGCCCCCUGCUGUGUUCCCGCCCGCCGCAGCUCCCACGGAGGCUUGGCGAGAGCCGCCCUGAGAGUCUGGGGGACGCCUGGUGUGGGGGAAAAGCCGCCCCGGCCCCGCUCUUCACGGUCACGGGCUCUCGGCUGCCUGACUGGGCCGGCUUGGGCCUUGGGCAGCGCUUGCUGAAAGGAAGGUGCUGCCCGGCGAGGGCGCGUCCCCACCUGCCCUGCUCGUGCCUUCUCCCCCGGGCAGUGGCACCAGAAGUGCAUCACUGUCCGCCUCGCUGGUCUGCGUCCAUGUCCCUGAUUAUGGGUGUGACCUGCAGUGUCUCCUUCCGGUCAGGCUUAGAUUGAACUCCCCAUGCUUGUACGACUUAACCUUGACACACCUGGCUUUCGGGCUUCCCGUGGUGAGUUUCCAAGGACCCCGCUUCUCUGUAUUCCCCACGUUGCUCUGGUACUUAAAUUAUUUGGUUCUAACAAUUUCUAAA